GACCCGGAAGUGUUUCUUUAAUGGUGCUCACAAGACGCUGAUGACAUCGAUGCUUUACUAAGUAAAUACGUCAGUAAGAAUGGGAAGAGGCUACAUAGUGGAGAAUAUGGUGGAGAAGUAUCUGUCCAGUCUCCAAGCACCAGAUAGUACAGGUACAUCCUGUGUCACAGGGCUUCUCAUUGGCCAGAGCACAUCCCAGAGAGACUUGGUGGCCUUGGCUGUAAGGACGCCUCAGAGGAACACUGAUGGACAGGGGUCCCCAUCUAUAAAUAGGAGAGCUUGGAUCUCACUGGACCACCUUGAUGUGGAGUGGGUCACUGAACAUGCCAGACAGGUUUCUCGGAUGUUGCCAGGAGGUUUGUCAAUUCUUGGUGUGUUUCUUGUUACCGUACCUGAGCUGUCCAAAGAGGCUCAAAAUAUACUGAGACAGCUAAUCUUUGCAGUGGACAAGCACAUUUCCAAGGGACGACUUUGGAGUCUUACAAAUGAGGAUGUAACAGAAAAGGUGGCGCUUCACAUAUGCACAGAAACCAGGAAAACUGUUUGCAGAACAUUUGACAUUCGAGAUCCCAAGAGUUCCGCCAAGCCAGCUGAUUGGAAGUACCAGCUGGGGGUGUGUACCUCCUGGCAAGUGUUAACUUGCUCAGUGGGGCUUGACCUGCUGAUACCUGUGUUAGAUAUGCGUGUCUUGCCACAGGAUAUGGAAAAGUGUAUGAAGGAAGGACUUAAAAUAUGGGCAAAACAAAUUGAAGUUGGGCUUUGUCUCAUCAAUGGCAAAAUCUUAGCUGAUGAGACGGAGAUAGUGGCUGGGCAGAAAAAGAAUGCAAAGCCUGUUCAGCAGACAUUUCAAGCCCAGAUCCUCAUUCCAAUGGCAGAACCCCCGUCAGUGCAAACUUCCACAGUAUUGGUAAAGAUGUGCAGUGGGUCUCUCAGUCUGAAGGGAAUGGUGCAUUGCAGGGCCUAUCUCCAAAGCAACAAAUCAAGAGUCAAGGACGCUGCCAAGGUCAUCAAGAGAGAUAUUAUCAACACAGUGUCUAGCAGAGUGGAGAUGUUCUUGGAAGAUCUUUUAAUGGAGGGAGUGGACAAUGGGUCGGUCGAACAGGUGCUUCCUCGGAGAGUGUUUGCCUCUUUGCCCGGCAUGACUCUAUGUGUGUGUGACUACAUGUUUCCAGAUGAGUGUCUGUCGGAUGUAAGUGAUCGUCUCAAAGAGUUGCUGGACUGGGACAUGCCCGAGGACAGUAUAGACACCUCUCAGGAGGCCAUCAUAGGACGCACUUCAUUGAAGCUGAAGACUACAUCCACUGUUGACACUGUUCCUGAGAUGCCCUGUGACCAUCCCAAUAAAGCUCCUAAAAGCCUCAAAAACUAUUACAUCAGUGUUGCCAUGGCAGCUGCAGUGGCACUCCUUGCCACAGGGACUUCAUUACUCUACCUGAGCGACUAAUGAUGGAUGAAUGGAAACGUAAUGUAUUCAUCUAUACACACAAACACAUAGAAUACACAAGCUGUUGGUGUGUGUAAUGACUCAAAUACUUUAAUAUCUAUAUUUACAUGAAAUUGGGUUUGCAUGUUUGUUAUGUAAGCAAAUGCAAGCUAUAUGAUUGCUUUGAUAAUUAAAAAUUUUCUGAAACAUUGUAUACACACAUUUUUGAUUUUACUUUUUUCAGGUGUAAGGCUUAGGAAAACAUUUGUAUAGCAUUACAGUGUGAUGUACUGUCUUACAUUUUUUGUGUGUCUAAUAAACAAGUUGAUGAAUAUCUUCAAAAUGUUAUUAUUGAAUUAAAUCCGUAAAAACAUUUCUGCUAAUUUCAGUUCUUUCAGUUUGAUUUAGUCAUAUCUGUUUCUGAUAUGUGCCAUUCAUAUGUUCCACUCCUAUCACCCUGCUGUGUCAACCAUGUGUAUCAGACCACUUCUGUUCCACAGUGCUGAUAAUGAACUACAGAAAUCCAUCUGAAGUCCCUACAGAGCAUUCAUAUUGAAUAUAGCAUUUUGCAAUGACGUACAUUAGGGUGAUCCCACUGCAUUACGGACAAUGCUAUCGCCCUGACGAUACACAGUGCCCUCUUCCACCUGGAAAAAAGCAACACAUACGUGAGGAUGCUGUUCAUGGACCACAGCUCUGCAUUCAACAUUAUUGUGCCUGGCAAGCUUGUUCCUCAGCUCAGGCAUGUUAUGGAACUUGUGUAAUGUACAUUUUAGAAAUGUCUGCUUUUCUAUUACCUGUUAUGUAACUCUGGUUUUUGUUUGUGACAUCUGACUGAUACCAGUGGAUCAUUGGGUUCUCUGACCAUCUGUUAAUCAGCCUCAGCCAAUGGUAACCAAGGGUAUCUGUCCUUUCUUCUUCAGGAAUGUGAUUGACUGUCUUUUACGAUGUUCCCCUUGCCCCUACUUGGGUAAAUUUCUUUGACAGGAUAGAGGAAGACACAAGCGGGGGCAGGAGAGAUAAGGAAAAAAUGUUGUCUUUAGAGAAUGAAUAAGCAGUUUCCUUAGUUCCUUGGGAUAAGGUGGGGGGACAGCCCACCCUUUGGGUAAAACGUAUGCAUUGUUGACUUAAGACAGCUGUGCAGUAUCUUUCCACACCCCUUUUAACUGUAAUAAAUACUGACAGUUCAUGUAUUUUCCUCAGAGAUUCCUCAUACG